UUCAAAUUAGUUCGCUCGACAUCGUAACAGACACAGUAGUCGUCAACGAAAUUCUGAGCGAUUAAGAACAUGGAUCCCAGUAGUACAUUUGAUUCUGCUAUCAGAAUAAAAAAGGAACCCAUCGAUACAUCGCUCAUUGAAUAUGAUGACAAUGUGAUUGACAAGCCUCCCGAUGUUGAAAAUUUUCAUUUCUCAAGACUUCAGCGAGGAUAUUCGACGCUUCAAGAAUGUAACGAAAAUCAUAAUAAUGGACUUGACGAAAUCAAAGUUGAAAUCGAAUGUAGGGACGUGAAGCCCGAAUUUAAUUUAUUAGCAGUUACCAAAAUUGAGGAUUGUACUCAACAUCGAUUGCAGCACAUGAUAUAUAGCGACGACAACACCAGUCAAAACAUCAUAAAAAUAGAAACUGUGAGUAAAAUAAAAGAAGAAAUCAAUUCGAAUUUCGAAAUUGAACUCGACGAGAGAAACAAAAAGAGCAAAAAGCUCAACAACAUCGAUAGAGUCAAAACCAACAUUGGUAUGAUGCAUAGUGGGGCAGUCCAUAUAUGCAAAACAUGCGGAAAGACGUUUAAAAACAAGUUCAAUCUGGAUAGGCACGUUAAAUCAAUUCAUGAUGGUGUUACAUAUGCAUGCAACACGUGUGGAAAGUCAUUCACUCGAAAAAUUUAUCUCAAAACUCACAUAGAUUCGGUGCAUAACGGUGUCACUCAUGAAUGCGAUAUUUGUGGAAAGAUAUUUUCACAAAAAAGUUAUCUCAAAAUCCACAUCGAUUCGGUGCACAACGGUGUCACUCCUGAAUGUGAAAUUUGCGGAAAGAAAUUCUCAUGUAAGAGUUAUCUUAAAGUCCACAUCGAUAUGAUGCACAAUGGUGUCGCACCUACUUGUGAUACAUGCAGAAAGAAAUUUUCAACGAAAAGCAAUCUCAAACAACAUAUCGAUUCGGCGCACUACUGUGUCACUCAUGAAUGUGAUAUUUGUGGAAAGAAAUUCACACAGAAGGGUUAUCUCAAAAUCCACAUCGAUUCGGCGCACAACGGUGUCACUCACGAAUGUGAUAUUUGUGGAAAGAUAUUUUCACAUAAAGGUAAUCUCAAACAUCACAUAAAUGCGGUGCAUAAUGGAAUCAUACACGCAUGCGACAGAUGUGAUAAGACUUUUAAACGUAAGGAUAAGCUGAAGAUCCACAUCGAUUCGGUUCAUCAAUGUUCGACUCACACUUGUGGAGUAUGCGGAAAAAAUUUCGGACGAAAAAAAAAUCUCAUUGCCCACAAGGAUAUGGCACAUCGUUCUCGUGCAACUACCCAAUAAAUAUGUAAAAUGUAUAUUUAAUUGUGUAAAAAAUGACAAUUUGAUAUUUUGUAUAUUGAUUCAGAUUUCUAAAAGUUUAACAAUUUUCAUUUAUUACAAAUGAGAAUACGAAUAUGAAUUUUUGCUAUCUUAUGUUAUCUCAAUACUCAAAAACAACGCCCAAUUUUUGAAAAAAAAU